AUGUGGGGUUUUCUGGGCAGGUGGGAUUUAUGGAUGGCACUAUUGUCGACGGGCAGGCGUUUGCUGGCGGCGUCAAAGGAAGGGGAAGGAGUUGGCGGCGGUGGUUUCUGGUGGCGCCGAAGGAAGGAGAAGCAGUUGGCGGUGUUGGCUGUUGUUGGUCUGCAGAAAGGAGGGUUGGGAGAACCGGAAGAGAUAUUGCUGCCAGGUUUUGUGCGGUGA